UCAGACCUCUAAGAUGGAAAGAAAAUUAAUGGCUUCUUCGAGAAAGGUGCAACGGGAAGACGAAAAGAAGGAGAAAUCCGUUGAUACAGAGGAUUAUUACGCAAGCAACCAAGUCUCAGAUGAAUCAGAAGAACUUGAAAAGAGUUGUUUAACAGAAGAAGAAGAAGAUGACUAUUUGUCUGAUCAGAACAGUCAUAAGCGGAGAAGGGAAGAAGCUGCUACGACUUGUGAAUCAAAGAAAAGAAAGAAGCAUGACUGUAAGCCAAGAAACGAAUUUCGAUACGAUACGUUGGAUUUUGACGACGACUGGCUUUUUGGUACUGUUAAUAAGAAGCAAAAGAAGACUACAAAUGAUAAAGCUGCAGCUAGCACGAUGAAUGAUGUUGAAGACAUGAACAAGAUCAAGUUGCAGCUAUCAUCAUCAUCAUCAGGAGUUGUUGUCUCUUUUCCUAGGGCUCAGUUUUUGUCUAAAGUCGGGAUUUUCGCGUUACCAUAUACUGUCCCCUUUUAG